UUUGGAACUUGAGAGAUGUUGAUGAGGAGCAUAUUACGCGUCUAAGGCACCAAAAAGUACCUCGACCGGGGCGAAUUGACAUUGAUCAUCCUUAUUGGGCGUGGUGCUACGCAGGGGAGCAAUAGCACAUUGCAUAGAUGCCUGCCGUCCUGAAGAGCUCAAGGCAUCUAGUCGGCUGUUUCUCGCCCAUUGGCAAAGGCUUCCUCUAUCUCUAAUCCAAAAGCUACACGGCACAUCGGUUUAGGAAUAGCAGGUGCUGCUCCCGCGCGCGUCAUCCCUGCAGGACGCCCUGUCAAACAAUCCACAAGAUGCAGAGGAACCAAAGGGGCACAAGAAAGCCACACACCAAGUCGCGAAACGGAUGCUCGCAAUGCAAAAAGUCUAGAAUCAAGUGUGAUGAACAAGGUCCCUGCUGUAACCAUUGCAGCCGUCGCUCUUUGCAUUGCGAUUUCCAGGACGAGAGGACUCGGCUACGAAUAUGGACCCCUUCAUGGGCAAGAGAUGUCCGGCCGGUGUUCAAGCAGGCCGACUCGAAAUUCACAAAACAGUCUUCUACGGGUACUAAACCCCGAGAAAUCCUAUCUUUACAGAUAGACUUCCAGAUUCCAUGCCAGCCAGCCCUACUCCAGCAGCCCUCUGCCCACGGUCUUGAUUUCGAAGCCGCCCCGGCAUUCCACCACUUCGUAUCCUCAACGUCCAAAACAUUUUCGGCAGAUGGAGUUCCCCCGGGAUUCUGGAGCACCGACAUCCCCAGCCUGGCCCUUCAACAUGACUACCUCCUCAAUGCGGUACUCGCCGUUUCCGCGCUCCACAAAAGUCAUCUCGUGGAUCACAACCCGUCGAAUCGGGUGCACCUCCGGCACGACGUCAAUCAGAGCAUAUUCUGGCACCGCAGGUCGAUUGAAUCGUUUGUGCGCUCAGUCCGGGACGUCACGCGCGAGAACUGCGUGCCCGCUAUUGCUAUGGCUGCUAUAUCGGCGCUGUACUCGUGUGCCCUGGCGCAAUUCUUGUCGAGUUUGCAGGAGCUAGAGCACAUCGGUCAAUGCAUUGAUGUUAUAUUCGCCGCGUAUAAAGCGCUACAACUAUUUCGGCCAUUUGCGUCAUGCUUGAAUGCACAAGGUGUAGUGCUAGCAGGUGCGAGUCCGAUCGAAGUUGUGGCGUCGCAACGGGACGCUGCCGCCUCCGAGGAAACCGCGGCUAGGCUGCAUGCGCUACUUGCUCUGACUCCAGUAGACCUCGGCCACAGAGAGAUCUAUGAGUCAGCUAUCAUUUCAUAUAGAGAUGGCGACAAGUUGGACCGGUUGAGAAUGGUAUCACCAGAGUACAUGGCGUUGUUGAGGGAGAAGAAGCCAAUGGCGGUACUGAUAUUCACUGCGUUUGUGCAGAGUGAGCUGCUUCAUGAGCAGGAUGCGGUUGUGCCUUGGUAUUUCAGUCUAUGGAGACCGAAGAUUCAUAAUUAUUUUAUACAGUUUCUUGGACCAUUGUGGACGCAGUACAUGGAUUCGACGGGGGAAGAAAGGUCUUUGUCAUCAUCGUAG